AUGCAGGCAAGCUACGAUGCUACGGAUCACUCUCCCUCGGCGACCAAGUCUCCGCCAAAAGGCAGACGAGUCUUCAAGAGUGGGCGGGAGAUUUCUGGGAUCGAGCCCACCGUUGCUACGGCCCAGCAUCAAGGACCGGAGUCGAAAUCCGCACAGCACUCAUCAUCUUCCAAGCCACGACAGAUCUCUUCCGGACAGGGUCAGGCAACUCGUGAUUCUUGGAAGGCAAAGCCUACGAAGCCGACCCGAAAGUCGGCAAGAGAUGCGAUCUUCGAUAACUCCGCCGUCAGCCUAGGCCCGAGGCAAACAAAGAUGUCGAAUUCACAAAACACCCAUUCCGGAUUCAUGAAACCCGACCGCGUCGACGAGCCGACUCACAAAACCGACAGCGUCAAGGUCAAGCGACCGAGAGCGGCAGAUUCGACUGAGCCUGACGGGCCGGUUAAUAGUCGGAAGAAGAAAGUGAGAAAACAGAGAAGUGCGGAAUCGGAUGCAGACGAACAAUGAGUCUUCACUCUUCGAUUAGCAGGCUGCUAAUGAAUUAGACCGUGCAACUGCUCCAGAACGCUCCAGUGAGUAACAGGUGCCAGACUCGAGGAAAAUUCCGCGUACGAAAAGGUAUCGAGGUAUCGAGAUAGUCGAGACUCGGUACGAUUGUGAUCUCUACAUGCUGCGUGAAUCGAUGAAGCGAGGCUGAGAAGGCGAUCGUCCUCGUUGCAGGCAUCCUUUCUUUGCAUCGACUUACAGCGGCAGGCUAUCGAUCAAGCUCAGUCUCCGAACAAACGUAGCCUUUAAACGCGUUACAGUCGGGCUAACUGAUCGGCACCGGCCAUUCUCGAAGCAGAUUCGCACGCGCGCGGUCAUGACCGGUGAAUGUUCUUCCGGUCCACAAACUAACCCAUCGUUCUCGCCGAUUUCUCCUAGUGCGACUUCGGGGCUGACAUGUCUCGACAAGCGGUGUCGAAGAUCAGGCGCACCGCCGCAUUUUGCCGCUUCGAGAACAGCCGUGCCAUCGUUCAGAGGCUCGGCGCCGCGAGGAUUAGAUCAUUUGCUUGGCCAAAGGCCCCCGAAUUUCGGGCGUUUCGAUUAUGGUGAUGUUCUAUCAACGGAAAUACAUGCAUGGAACGAUUUACUACCAUUGUGAAGCUCAGGGUCGGUCGACCAGGAUCUUGGACCGGAGAUCCACUCCGGAUUGCAACAACGAGAAUUCAGAUAUCGGACAUGACACCGUGACGACGGUAGCGAUUCGCCGCCAGUUGUCGAGAACUACAGGAAUACGGAACCUAGCCGUCCUUGGUGACCAUUU